AUGAGUUCAAACCCAAGUUUUAUAGAAAAUGGGGCCCAACAUAAUAAAGGAUUUGAUCCUAACCCUGAGACUGUAAGCGAAACAAAAGAAUCGGAGUUGGACCAAAAGUUAAGGUUACGAUAUGAAAGAAUAAACAAAAGACCAAAAUGGGACAAUCAACUGGAAUUUUUAAUGUCCUGCAUUGCAACCUCAGUAGGAUUAGGAAAUGUUUGGAGAUUCCCUUUUGUUGCCUACCAGAAUGGAGGUGGAGCUUUUCUCAUACCAUAUAUUAUUGUACUGAUAGUAGUGGGAAAACCUAUGUAUUUCCUCGAGUUAGUACUGGGACAGUUUAGUAACAGCAAUAGCAUAAAAGUGUGGUCUCUGUCACCAGCUCUGAAAGGGACUGGAUAUGCACAGGCCGUAGGUGGAGCUUAUAUAAUGUCCUACUAUGUAUCCAUUAUUGCCCUCUGCCUUUAUUACUUCGCCAUGAGUUUCAGUUCAACCCUUCCAUGGGCACUUUGUGACCCGUCUUGGGAUAACUGUGUACCAUCAGGACAAUCUGUCAACGCCUCGCAAAUACAAGGAAAUGCCACUAGUAGCGCAGAAUUAUAUUUUACGAAAGUGGUAUUACGUCAAUCUAAUGGAAUAGAUGAUGGGAUUGGUCUUCCGCUGUGGGAUUUGUCGCUAUGUCUCCUGGCGUCAUGGGUUAUUAUUUUCAUAAUCGUUGCCCGUGGAAUAAAGAGUACGGGCAAAGCUUCCUACUUCCUUGCUCUGUUUCCUUAUGUCAUCAUGAUCAUACUGCUUGUGCGAGCCGUAACUUUACCUGGGGCUGUUAAUGGGAUAUUGUUUUUUAUCACACCUGAUUGGAACAAAAUAUUGGAAAUUAAGGUGUGGUAUGCGGCAGUGACCCAAGUAUUUUUCUCGUUGUCAGUUUGCUCUGGAGCUCUUUUGAUGUUUUCAUCAUACAAUAAUUUUGAUCAAAAUGUUUACAGGGAUGCAAUGAUAGUCACAACUCUGGACACAUUCACUAGUUUAUUAUCAGGGUUCACGAUAUUUGGUGUUCUUGGCAAUCUCGCUUAUGAAUUAAAUUACGACGAUGUUAGUCAAGUCAUUGGAUCAGGGGGUACAAGUUUGGCCUUUAUAUCAUACCCAGAUGCUAUUGCUAAGUCACCCAUUGUACCACAGCUAUUUGCGGUAUUAUUCUUCUUGAUGAUGGCUGUAUUGGGUGUAGGCUCUGGUGUGGCUCUGCUUUCUAUGAUCAACACAGUACUUCUGGAUGCAUUCCCUUCAGUUCCUACUAUAUUGAUGUCUGCCUCAGUUUGCGUGGUAGCUUUCCUGGUUGGACUAGUCUACGUCACGCCUGGAGGUCAAUACAUUCUUGAAUUAGUUGAUUUCUAUGGAGGAACUUUCAUGAGACUCUUUUCCGCUAUUGCUGAGACUAUUGGAGUAUUCUGGAUUUACGGUUUAGAGAAUUUGACAGUAGACAUUCAGUUUAUGUUAGGAAGAACCUGUUCUUUCUACUGGAGGAUAUGUUGGAGUAUCAUCACCCCCGUAUUAAUGAUUGUAGUGUUCUUCUACGCAAUGAUUACCACACAAAGACUCAAAUUUGGGGGCACAUAUGACUACCCUGAAGCUGCAUAUAUUGCUGGAAACUGCCUCCAAUAUUUCGGUAUAGCGAUGGUUCCUAUUUUCAUCAUCGCUGCCUUAUGGAAAUACAGAUCAAAAAACAUAACCGAGACUGUGAGAACGGCGUUCCGAAAGAAACCAACGUAUGGACCAGUGGAUAUUCAAAAGCGGAAGGAAUGGAAAGAAUUCCGUGCAAGUGCGAAGCUCAACCGACAAAUGCAACGAAAAGGAUGGUUCCAACAUAUCUUUAUAGUAUUAUUCCGUGGAUACCAAAGAUAG